AUGGAAAUCUUAACAAUGAAAUUGAUUAUGAAAGCAAAACUGAAACUUAAACGAGCCGCUUUCGCGACGGCUACCCAACAUGAAAUGAUCUCAUUCCCAAUUUGUGUAGAUGAUGGAGCCCUUAGUCGUGAGUUGGUUGAUGAUGUAAAUGAUUCAAGAUGCUGGGACAUUCAUUUAGACCAUAUUCCGUACA